AUGAAAGCUGAAAAUGUAGGCAAGAUACUUGAAGAGAUGGGAGAGAAAGAGCAGAGUGAAAUGCCUAACCAAGAAAGCUGGACAAUCCUCUACAAUGUGCCAUCUUCCACAAAAGGAGGCCAAAAGGAAAUGCAACAGGUUCUGCAGCUCAGGCCCAAGAGUACCAAGCUUUCUGCAUCUACUCAGCAUGGAGCUUACCAACAGCACCAUUUGACUUUUGACCCAAGGGGAACCAAUAGAAAAAGAGGAAUCACUCAGAGACCAAAUACAGUGCCUAGCAGAUGGAAGGAGAUAAUGGCAGAGAAGCUAUCACCACACCAAAAGGAAAUGCAUCUUCCCACUGUCCUCAUGCAGCUACAGAAGCGAAGGCUAGCCCAGAAGUAA